UCCCCAACACUAAACACAUGUUCAGGGGGUUUAUUUACUUUCUGAAGAACAAGAAGGUCUCUGUUAAGCUGUACAAAGAGAAUAUAUUUGGUGCUUGGGAAAGACCAUCCUGUUUUGGAAGCUGUAGUUCACUCCAUCAAUAAUAUGAAUGUUGCUCUUCUGCAACGGGUAGCAGAAUUGGAAAAAGUCAAUGCUGAAUUUCUGCGCACAAAGCAGCAACUUGAGCAAGAAUUUAAUCAAAAGAGGGCAAAAUUUAAAGAGUUAUACUUGGCUAAAGAAGAGGACCUAAAAAGGCAAAAUGCAGUACUACAAGCAGCACAAGAUGAUUUAGGACAACUGCGGACACAGCUAAUGGAAGCCCAGGCUGAAAUGGAGAACAUCAAAGCUGUAGCUACAGUAUCAGAAAAUACAAAGCAGGAAGCUAUUGAUGAAGUAAAGAGACAAUGGCAAGAAGAAGUGGCUUCACUACAAGCUGUUAUGAAAGAAACCGUUCGUGACUAUGAGCUCCAGUUUCAUCACAGACUGGAGCAAGAGCGAACUCAAUGGAACCAAUAUCGGGAAAACAUGGAAAGAGAAGUAGCAGAGUUGAGAAGGCGGCUGUCUGAGGGGCAAGAGGAGGAAAAUCUAGAAAAUGAAAUGAAAAAGGUAUGGUGAAAUGUGUGAAGUGCU